AUGGCAAGUACCUAUACCAAGGAGCGACCACUUCGGGGAAUCAAGAUGUAUUCGCCGAUGGCCUCUGCCAAGACUCUUCUAGUGGGUGAGGUGCGGAUGGAAAGCUUCCUGGAAGCCCGGCAGUCAGUUGCUGCUUUAGCAUUGUCGUAG